ACUAGACCCAAUCCUCUUGCGUUUUCAUGGCAAUUUCCUGGCACCUUCCUUCAUCCAAAAAGUCAAACUCAAGUUCACACUGCUUUCGAAAAUUUGCACUAGAGUGAGAAAAAAGACGAAGAGAGAGAAAUUGGAAAGCCAAAAAAAAAAAAAAAACUAGAGCGAGAGAGAAAAAUCAGAAAGAAACAACCGAUUCUUGAUCGUUUGCUCUUGAUUCGAUUUGUGUGUUGCAACCAUGUCUCCUUCUUUAUCGACCCCAACAUAUGAAUAUGAUGUUUUCGUUAGUUUUCGUGGAGCAGAUACCCGCACAAGCUUCACCGCCCAUCUCUUGGCCGCUUUAGACCGUAAAAGUAUUCGAGUCUAUAAAGAUGACAUAAACCUCCCAAGAGGGGAAGAGAUUGGGCCUGAGUUGUUGAAGGCAAUUGAAACAUCAAAGAUUGCAGUUGUGGUGUUUUCUAAAAACUAUGCUACUUCGGAUUGGUGUCUGGACGAGCUGGUGAAGAUCAUGGAAUGCAAAAGUGUGUUAAAUCAAAGGGUGCUGCCUAUUUUCUACGAUGUAACUGAAUCCGAGGUGGUAGAACAAAAGGGGAAUUUUGUGGAGGCUCUUUCCAAUGGCCCUGAAGAGAAGGUGGAGAGUUGGAAGGCUGCUUUGACGGAAGUUGCAAACUUGGCUUGCUUUCGUUUGGAACCAAAUCGUCCAGAGCCAGAGUUUAUAGAGGAAAUUGUUGAAGUCAUUUGGAAAAGACUAAAAGGGGAAUCAUCCACCGUUCAAUCCCGUCGUCAGAUUGAUAAUCCCGGUACAGGUGCCGGUGAAGACUCUUCAAUAAUCAUCUCGCAAAAUGAUGCUUCAUCUGUUCAAAAUGUUAUUGCUGAGUGGAGUCGUCUUUUUUUUUUUAGCCUUAUAUAGACAUUUUGUUUUUGAAUCUAACUAAAAAGAUUCUCUAGUUUUUUUAUUUAUUUAAAAUCUCAGACGUUGCGUGCGGAGCAGUAAGACUUUAAAGGGUCACAAGUCUGAAGUAUGAAGUCUUCAGCAGCUACAAGCCGAAUAUUCCCUUCAACUCCACUGCCAAGUAAGGAUUGGAAGUGAAACCUAUUCCUCCCCCAGUCGAUUUUUCCCAUUCGGCUCCUUCCCUGCUUUACUCAUUUUAGCUGUUACAUUUUUUCUUUUCUUUUUUGUAUUUUAUUUUAUAUAUAUGUAAUUCGAUUAUUACAACGGGUAAAGAAAAUUUGAAUUCUGAACGUGGACAUGUACUAUUUGUUGAAAGAACGUGUACUUUUUAAGUAUGAUUGCAUAAUUGAUGUUUCAAUAGAGGAAUUUUUUCUUA